UACGAUAAUUGCGACCAUCGCCCGGCGGCCGGGGUGUUCCGAUUUUCCAGGGCCGGCAGAAACCAGCAACGCCAAAGCUUCGAGUUCGUUAAAACCAACCCCAUCCUCAAUUACCGCGACAUCCACCGCCCACACCCCCCUCUCGCCCUCUUCUCCCAAUUGAAACCACUUUCAAAGACAAGAUGGGUCUCUCCGACUUCUUCUCCGACGUUAUGUCCUCCUUCGGCUUCCCCGAGGCUCAGGCUGAGGCUCCCGCCGAGGAGACCACCACCACCACCCCCAGCCAGGAGACCGAGGCUGAGGAGAAGCCCGCCGUGAACAACGAGGAGGAGGCCGCUCCUGCCGCUGAGGAGAGCACCGAGGAGUCUGCUGAGGAGACCCCCGCUGAGGAGGAGUCCGCCGAGGAGGAGCCCGCUGAGGAGGAGGAAGAAGAGGAGGAAGAGGAAGAGGAAGAGGAGGAGGAGGAGCCUGAGGACAUCAAGCCCCAGCUUGAGGAGGAGUGCGCCAACUCUUCCCAGUGCGCCCCCUACAAGCACCACUUCGAUGAGUGCGUCGAGCGCGUAACCCAGCAGCAGGAGGACCCCGACUACAAGGGCCCCAAGGAGGACUGCGUUGAGGAGUUCUUCCACCUCACCCACUGCGCUACCCAGUGCGCCGCCCCCAAGCUCUGGAAGGCCCUCAAAUAAACGAAUCAAAUCACUCUCGAUCGAUCGAUAGAUAAAGACGUUUUUUUCCCUUACUUCCUCCACCCUACUCCGCGAGUCGCGUUUCCCUUUUUGCUCGACCAAGCAUGAUAAGCUAGAAUGGAUCCUCACCCGCGACGAAGGAAGACCAGAAAGGCGUAUUACGAUCGAUCCCCUUGAUUUGAUUUAUAAUGAUGGCCAUGCGGGCCUGCCGUUGAUGAAGAUCAAAAAAGAAAGGAACAUCCAGUGUUGUCUCGGCCGCUGCCCGCCCUCGACGAUACGGGUUGCGAGUCGGUGAUGAUGCAUGCUGUUGUUACUUUAUCUCUAUGAAAGAUGGAUGGCAUGGAAUAUGGAAAUGGUUAAGAAGGGGGGCGGUCGCCUUCAACUGUGUAUGUACAGAUAGCUGGUCUCUGCCUUGUUUGAAACUUGUGCUUUUAUUAUUAUUUUUUAUUUCCUUUUGUUUUUAGAUGAAUGUCAUUUUGUCCUAGACUCUGCUCGGUAUUUUCUUUUUGUCUCGGGCAUCAUAUGAUCUUUAUUUACACAUCACAGGUUAGGCACAACAGAGGUCCUGCUAUAGACAAAUUCGAU